AUGGCUCGCCUAAGCUCGCGGGUUGCGGCAACCGCUGCGCGCUCGACAUCGGCGCCUACGGAGCGUGCUGCUAAUGAGGCCUUGAGGGAGCGCAUCAUCCAGGUUCUGGAGACGGUGACCCUCAGUGAUAGCAGUACACGAGACAGCUCCCAGGCUUUGAAGGCGGUCUGGGACGUGGACGCAACAGGCAGUUUAUGUGUAUUGUUUGAGCUCUUGAAGCGGUGCCUGGUCGUCUACAACAAGGAUACCAGGGUUGAGCGGAUUUUCGACUUGAUCGGAACGCUAGCUCUUCAAACGUCGAAGGAACGUCCAACGGAUGAACCCCGAGACAAGGAGAAUAUCCCGGGCGGCGUGGACUUUGUUAAAGAAAUGCUCACGUUCUUCACUCGUUUACUUGCAGCUCAAGAUAAGGCAGUGCGAUAUAGAAGCUGCCAAGCCAUUAUCUCUAUCGUACAGCACGUGGGCGAGUGGCUUUCCCACGACCGCGCCAGCAUGACCAAGGUCUCGCGGGCGCUGCUCGAGCGUACACGUGACCGUGUCCCCGUCGUGCGAGCCCAGGCUUUGAUUGCGUUGCACACCCUGCACCUCCGUCAGGUACAAACAUUGGAUGAAGAGUUGCUUGGUGUGUUCGAACGGCUCGUCAGUCGUGACCCGAGCGCUUCGGUACGCAAAGCAGCGCUUCUCCAGCUCGCGACCGCAUUGCAUCCAUCGCUGGUAGACGCAGUCGUAUCGCGGGCCAGGGAUGUAGACGCUAGUAUCCGGCUCUUGGUAUACCAGAAGAUUUUCGCGCAGCGUGUCAACCCAAAGAUGUUGAGCAUUGCGCAGCGGGUGGAACUGCUCCGCUGUGGCCUCUCCGAUCGCAGCAUGGAAGUGAAGAAAGCGUGUCUCGAAGAGAUGCUGCGGAAAUCAUGGCUGGAAUGCGUCUGCAAAGGCCGCUUAACCGACCUGCUGCAGCUCCUCGAUGUCGAGGUACACGAGACGCCGGUUUUACCAGCGCUUGUUCAGAUGCUUGUCAGUUGUCCGGAUGCCGACUGUUUCCGACUGGUUCGUCGUUUCGCAGCCGAAGUGCAGUCUAGUUGCCAAAGUACUGAAGAACAGAUCGAGCAAUCCGUGUCGCAGAUAGAUCUGAAUGAGUUGAACGCAGAACGAGCAGCAGUCGCCUACGUCUGUGCACAGAUCACUGCCUGGAAAGCACGCAACCUGGAGCGCUCCCUCUGGCCCCAGUUGGCAGCCAGCUUGUUGCCGUGCAUCACCGAUCUCUGCGCAGCACUGGACUACUACCACCAACAUGCCCGUACGGAGGUUGUCGACACUAGUCCUUUGGGGAUGCACGCUGCGCAUUCGCCCUGCUCAACGAGUGUCUGCCGUGCUUCUGAAACAGCGCGCGAUGCUGCGGAGCCUCGGUCGUACGCCUUCGUCGUGCGAAUGCUGUUGAAGGUGCUUCGGACCCUGGACAUGAGCGAUGAAGCAGGGCGCCGCUUGCUCUUACGAACGAUGGAAGCCCUGAUUCGCUCGCCAAGACUCGGUCCAGAGGAGCUCCAGUUGGCGCUCGAAGUUCUGUUUCGUGCGCAAGCAAACGUUCAGGAAACGACUCGUCUGGUGACAGAACUUGUAGCGGGGCUGCAUAGCACCGCCGAGGCCGACGAGGACCCCGAUGUCACCGGAAAACACUCCUGCUUGGCGCUCUCUGAAGCGCUUCUACAGGCACUGCUCCGGUAUCAGAGCGGCCUCGAGCAACGACACCUGCUUCGCCAUUCCCAGGCCGCAAACGCCCGCAGCGUCUUGUCCAGGGACUUGAAUGCCAUUGUGCAGACGUUCAUGCCCCUGCUGGUAACGCUUCUGUCGGUUUGCACCUUGCACCAUGUCACGAGUGAGGACAGUUCCCAACGCUUAACCGCUAUGCGCGUCCUCGGUCUGGCGGGGCUCAUAGACCGAAGCGGUCAGCUGUCGAUGCAGCAUUCGCUGCUCCUGCUCCACGUCGCUGAACAUGACGUCGAGGCGGUGCGUCUGGCUGCCUUGCGAGCGCUCUUCGAUUGGCUGUGCACCCACGCUUCCGAAGAGGGCACAGCACCAGACUGCUCCGAAAUCUCAGGAGAAUCCAGCACUGCCGUCCUCGAGACGACGACGACGACGAGUCCCCGCCAAGUGCUCCUGGAUAGGCUGUGCAGCCUGCUCACUGCAGCGGAUACAGACGCCCUCCAGGGAACGGUGGUCGAGGGCUUUGCAAAGCUUAUCUUUUUGCGGCGUCUCGCGCCCGAUGCGGAGCUCAUCAAGCGGCUCCUCCUUUUGUUCUUCACACCAUCCACAGCGGAUAACGUCGCUCUAAGACAGUGUCUAGCAGUCUUCUUCCCAGCUAUCUGCCUCACAGGUGACCCAGAGCAUCGCUACGCCUUCGAGCACGCGUUCCUACCGACUUUGCGCGUGCUCGUGAAAAGUCCCAAAGACAAUCCGCUGGCCACUGUUUCGCCAGUGCAGGCUGGCCAGUACCUGCUGUUUCUGCUCGAUCCGUAUCGGGCGCUGAGCACUGAAUCCGAACAACGCAUCCACGCUGGAGCGCAGGGUCAAACAGCCACCGUUGCUGGUGACGGAAACGUCCACCUCCGACUAGCAAUCGCAAUGCUGAACGAGAUCCUCGUGGAGCCUCGUUCCGAGUUUGCCAUCGCUUGUGCUCGGCUGCUGCAGCAUCUGGUGCUACCACAGGUCCUAUCCGACACUGAUUCGUUACAGACCGUGGCGACCGUGGAACGUCUCGUGCAGAGUGCCAUGACAGAGCCGGUGAGCGCUCUGCUCAGGCGACUCUUGGACCGCUUUGAGAACCGAAUUCGGGAGCUCUUGGCAACCGCUGGAUGCAGUGAAUCGCUGGACGAUACCCCUCACGACUGUUCCGCAUCUAGUGUCUGUGCGGGGAAUGUCGCCUCAAACGAAACUGCAUCCAUACCGCGUGCUGGCUCUUGCUCGCCCUAUUCUGGUCAUUCGGUUACAUCUGGAAACUGA